UUACCAAGUUGGUUAUUCAAGCUAACUGCGCUGGAGUAUCUAUUUCUUGGCAAAAACUCUCUCCAUUCUUCGCUGUCAAUUGGGAACAUGUCCUACCUCAAAGUCCUCGACCUAUCUGACAAUCUCCUUGAAGGACCUCUUCCAUCCAUUAUUGGUGAAGCUUUUCCGAGUCUACAGACUUUCUUCCUAAGAGCAAAUUAUAUUGCUGGCAGCAUUCCAUCCUCCAUAUGUAAGUUAGAGCAGUUGAUUGUGCUCGAUCUCUCAGAAAACCAUUUGUCUCAUGAGCUGCCUAGCUGUUGGAAGAACUCUUCGGUUUUGCAGGUUAUAAAUCUGUCAAACAACAACUUGUCAGGAAAAAUUCCAAAAUCUAUCUGUUCUCUGACCUCCCUUGAGUCUCUGCACUUGAGCAACAACAACCUUUCUGGAGAGAUCCCUAACUGCGUAGUGACAUUGAAUAGUUUGGUCAUCCUUGAUCUUGGACUAAACAGGUUGGGAGGUUGCCUGCCAAGAUGGUUAGGAGAAAGAAUGCCAUGCUUGAAGAUUCUAAUCUUAAGGCAUAACAUGUUCCAUGGACAUAUUCCACCAUCAAUUGCAUAUUUUCAAGUUCUACAAAUUAUGGACCUCUCACAUAAUAAUCUGUCGGGCACAAUACCAACAAGCUUUGAGGACCUUAAUGCAAUGAAGUUUGCCCAGAAUACGAUGAGCUUCACACCUGGGUCUGAUAACUAUUAUACAGAUAGCAUCUCAGUAGUUACAAAAGGAAGAGAAUCACAGUAUGUAAAGAUUCUCUUACUUUUGACAGCCAUAGACCUCUCUUACAAUUACUUGUCAGGAAGUAUCCCUGAAGAAAUAACAAAUCUUUCUGGGCUGCAAAGCUUAGAUCUUUCUAAUAAUCACCUAGCAGGACAGAUAACAAUGAAGAUUGGAGGAUUACAAAAUCUGGAGUCUCUUGAUUUAUCACACAAUGAGUUAACUGGACCAGUACCUUCAACUUUAACGACUUUAGAUUUCCUUGGCUUCUUGAAUUUAUCAUUUAACAAGCUUUCAGGAAAGAUUCCAUCAGGCAACCAUCUAGAAACCUUUGGCUCAUCUAGUUAUAUGGGUAAUCCUGAUCUUUAUGGGUACCCCCUGAAUAAGGAGAACCAAGAUACCAAACCAUCUCAAGAUCCAAAUAACAUUGACACAGAUGUGGAGGCAGAAGAAAUGUUCUACUUCUAUCUUAGCUUGGGACCAGGAUUUGUGGUUGGCUUUUGGUCAGUAUGGGGUAUACUACUUUACAAACAAAAAUGGAGGUAUGCAUAUUUUUGCUUCAUAGACAACAUAUGUGACAAAUUUUAUGUUACUGCAAAAGUAAACUUUGCAAGAAUGAAAAUUAAGUUGUUCAGAUCAGAUCAAGGUUACGGUUGUAACCCAUGAAACCAAAGGAGAAGUGUAAUAUUUCUUUAUCAAAUUUAUACUA